AAUCCUGCAUUGUUCCAUUUCCAUUACCGAAAAACAAGUAUACAGAACUUACUCUAAUAUCCUAGUAAGAGGAAACGAUCAAAAUCGAAACGGAGGAUACAAUGGCUACCAAGGCUGAUCGCGUUAUUGUGGCAUUCAACGGUGCAAUCGAAACUCAUAUUUUCAACGAAUCUAUCGACCCUCCGCGCGCCUUUGCCUUUGAAGUCAUAUUCUAUCCGCAUCUUUGGCCGGCUACUCUACUCACCAAAAAGCCACCAAUGCACUUCCAUCCAUUUCAGAAGGAAUAUAUACAGGUGCUAGCGGGCCGUCUCUGUGUCGAGCAGAGCGGCCAAGUUCGUACCCUGACCCCCACUGACGGCGAGGUCUGCAUCAAACCCUGGGUCAAUCACCGCUUGUAUCCAUCGGAUGAUGAUCUACUGCGCGCCGCGGAAGAUGGUAGAGGAGAUCCAGUCCGAUUUUUGAUAGCGGGACAAGAAACGAAUAAAGUCUUUAGGCUGGAUACGAUAUUCUUCGAGAAUUGGUAUGGUUAUCAGGAUGAAAUCCUGACAGAGAAACAGCUCGACUUGGUUCAGGUUUUGACGAUGUUCGACGCUGGAGGCUCCUAUCUCUCCUUACCAUGGUGGAUCCCCUUUGGACGUACUUUGUCCAUGUCGAUAGGGAUAGUGGUAGGUCGCUGGAUCGGCCCUCUCCUAGGGUAUCAGCCGUACUAUCCUAAAUGGACCUCGGACUGGGAGUUGGCGUGCGAGAAGAUGAGGCAAAGUUUUUUUCAGCGUCGAUUUGCCGAGAGGAAAGAUACCUAAUCUUCUCUCGUUCUCUAUCUUCUACUGCUUGGGCAGCAUACUGUUCCUACUGCGUUCUAAAAGAGUAGUUCUGAUGAAAUGUGUCCCUGGUUGUUAUUCCUCAUUGAAUAUUCUACCUUGAGAGGACCAGUUCCAAUCGUC